CUCAUCAAAAUAGCUACACAUCAACCUUUAAAAAAUAUAUAUCUGCUCUGCUUCGAAUAUUAAUAUGUAAAAAUUGCUGAUUAAUUUCAAUUUGAAGCAAUUAGGUUGACUGAAUAGCGUUUACUUAUCUGACAUAGUGUCAACAAGUUAUUUUAUGCCAAUCAGUCAAAUUUACAGAACGUCGAUCAUACAUUUGAAUGUAACACAAAGUGCAGUGCAAAAGUUAAAAAGGGACCAGGCAUGCAGACAGCGAUCGGUACUGACAGCACAUAAAAACUAAAGCUAAGUCCAACUAGACUAAAACGUCAAGUGACAUUCAGAAGCGGGAGCGCGCUCCCAGCUGAGUUUUGACAUUUCCGACAGCCGUGAACGCAGCAGAGCCUGUGUUUGAUGAGAAGGUGCCGCAGCUUCAGACGGACUUCACUUCGUCCUCGGGCGCAGGGAGCGCAGCGAUCCGCGCGUGGCCGCAAACCCGACGGCGCGGGAUUAAGUUUUUGCCCCGAGGGACUCUUCUUCUUCUUCUGCUGCUGCUGCUGCUCACUUCUGCUCUGGCUGUUUUCACUCAGGAGAAUCAGAAAGUUCACUUUUCAGAAGUUGUUCAAGUCGCGGGGCGGAUUAAAUCCAUCGAGGGAAACGCAUCAAGUGGAUUUUACUCACCUGGUUCCUCGUGGCACAGAAAGAGGAGACUUCUGGAUAUUUAUAUUGCUCACAUUUACCAGCUGUUCAAUCUGUCUUACCAUCCUUUUCUUUAUUUCUUAUUUAGUUUUUUUUUUUUUUUUUAACUCUACAGCACUGAUGAUGCGACUCUUUCCGGCAUACAGUGCAUGUUUGGAGGACGUGCAGAGGGUUGAAAUGCUACAGGGUCGUUAAAUUUAUUGGAACGUGACUGCCGGAUAUGAACUUUCUCCGUAAUGAUUGCAGGAGCGCUGGUGAAUGAUUGACAGCGUGCUGGCACAACUGGUUUCCCCAUCAGAUAUCCAUUUUACCCUUCAACAGGCUGAUUUGUGUCUUUUCUCUCAGAACAGAACUUUCUUCUGUUGACUCGUCUAAAACAUAAAGUUUCCGCCAUAAACUUGGGUAAAAUGCGCCCUUCUUUAUUUCAGUUGGUGUAAAGACUCUGCCAUAACCGGAUAACAGACUUACUUCAUCCAUGGCAUCAGCAGUGAGACUCAUGCCGUACAGCCUGAUGCUGUACCUGCUUUUCGUUUUCUGGUCUCUCGGUUUCACAUCAGGAGCCUCCAAGGUCUUGGUUUGUGAGCCCAUUACAGUGCCCAUGUGUAAAGGCAUUGGUUACAACUUGACAUACAUGCCCAAUCAAUUCAAUCACGACACCCAGGAGGAAGUGGGGCUGGAGGUGCACCAGUUCUGGCCCCUGGUCCGCAUCCGCUGCUCCCCAGACCUGCUGUUCUUCCUCUGCAGCAUGUACACUCCAAUCUGCUUGCCGGACUACAGGAAGCCGCUGCCCCCCUGCCGCUCCGUGUGCGAGCGGGCCAAGCGAGGCUGCUCCCCCCUCAUGAGCCAAUAUGGCUUCGAGUGGCCUGAGAGGAUGAGCUGCGAGCAGCUGCCCCAGCUCGGCGACGAGACCCUGUGCAUGGACCAGAACAGCAGUGAGACCACCACUCUGGCCCCUUCGUUCCCGAAGUCCACCCCCAAAGUCAGAACCAGACCUCCCAGCCCACCGCAGUGUGACAGGGAGUGCCGUUGCAGAGACCCCCUGGUCCCCAUCAAGCGGGAGUCCCACGCUCUCUACGGCAGAGUCCAGACCGGCCCUUUGCCCAACUGCGCCCAGCCCUGCCACCUGCCCUACUUCUCGGCGGACGAACGCGCCUUCACCAGCUUCUGGGUCGGGCUCUGGUCCGUGCUGUGCUUCAUCUCCACGCUGACCACCGUGGCCACUUUCCUCAUUGACAUGGAGCGGUUCAAGUACCCCGAGAGGCCCAUCAUCUUCCUGGCUGCCUGCUACCUCUUCGUCUCCUUGGGCUUCAUCAUACGUCUGGUUGCGGGUCAUGAGCGAGUGGCUUGUGGCUACAGCGGCCUCGGCGGAAGCCAGCUGCACAUCCUGUAUGACGCUUCCGGCCCCGCUCUCUGCACCCUAGUCUUCCUGCUGGUGUACUUCUUCGGGAUGGCCAGCUCCAUCUGGUGGGUGGUGUUGUCCUUCACGUGGUUUCUCGCGGCGGGAAUGAAGUGGGGUAGCGAGGCCAUUGCUGGAUACUCGCAGUACUUCCACCUGGCUGCAUGGCUCAUCCCGAGUGUCAAGUCCAUCGUGGUCCUCGCUCUCAGUUCCGUGGACGGGGAUCCCGUGGCUGGAAUCUGCUACAUCGGGAACCAGAGUCUGGAGAAUCUGAGGGGGUUUGUGCUGGCCCCUCUUGUGGUCUACCUCUUCACAGGCUCGCUGUUCUUACUGGCUGGGUUUGUCUCUUUGUUCCGCAUCAGGAGCAUCAUCAAACAAGGUGGCACCAAGACGGACAAACUGGAGCGGCUGAUGAUCCGAAUUGGGCUUUUCACAGUGCUGUACACAGUCCCCGCCACCAUCGUGGUGGCAUGCCUGGUCUACGAGCAGCACUACCGACCCGGCUGGGAGCGAGCCCUGGCCUGCUCCUGCCUGUCGGAGCGCCAGCGCUCGGGCUCGGGCCCGGACUACGCCAUCUUCAUGCUCAAGUACUUCAUGUGCUUGGUGGUGGGCAUCACAUCCGGAGUUUGGAUUUGGUCGGGAAAAACUCUGGAGUCGUGGAGGAGAUUCGUGGCCCGAUGCUGCCCCUGCUGGCCACAGAAGGUCACUGCACCGCCUUCCAUGUACAGCGAAGCUAGCACAGCCUUAACGGGACACACUCGAACUGGGUUGUCGUCGGGGAUCUAUCAGAAAGCCCCUCCGUCCCAUAUAUGAACUGUGUGGCAACACGAAACAUUUUAGAGAACCUGUGAUUGUGGACAAGAAACCAGAACUAUAAGUUUGUGUCAUUUUACCCUAAAUAUAAACUAUAAACAGUAAAUACUGAACGAAAAGAUUCAGAGCGUAAAUAAUGUAAAAAGUAUAUAUAAGCAUACAUUAUGGGAAAUAAGUUAAAACAAAAGCAAAACAUACGUUUGAGACUCUGAAUCUCGACAAAAUCUCUUAAGUGAUUUCUUUUUUUUUUUUUUUUUUUUUUUGCACUGCAGCUGAGACACUUGACCAAAUCUGACUCUCACUUAAAACAAGCAAUCCUCCCCUGAGGUAAUCGGAUAUUCCUGAGCACUGGAAAAAUAAAAAAUAUAUAUUUAUUGUUGUACAUACUGCAAAUAUUUGUUGUAAAGAAAAGAAAAAAAAAACAACGUAAUGUUUCUGUAAAAAAAAAAAAACCCUAACAUACUGCCAAGCUAUGUAUAAGAGGCCACAGAAACAAAUAAUUGUCCAUAAAUGUGAUGUUGUAGCUCGAUGUUAGAGUGGUGGUGCUCCGUGUGAAUCCAAACUGAAUAUGCUCUUGGAAAUUUAUUACUGUGACUAGGAACUUCCUUUGUUUCGUCUGUAUAGUGCGCUCUAACACGACCUCUUUAGUUCUGUGAACUCAUUAAAGUGUCUUUGUGAAAGGAGAGCCAGUUCUGUCUGUGCUGUGUGAAGAAACGCACAAUAAUGAUCAAAGGCAACGAGAUUUAAAUAGAAGGAACUCGGUCUUUAGCGCCCCCUACUGGUUCACUACGGAGCUGCUCGCUUCGUGUUUUCUCAAACCUCCGCAGCCUGCCGCGUUCACUGUCACCCGGACAAGCUUGCAGUGAUUCAACAAGACGUGUGGGUUUUACAUUGUACUUUUAAUUCAGCCAAGUAUUUUGUUUCUGAUAAUGAAACAAUGUAAACAGAAAAAAAAGAUCAGGUUUGAAAAAAGAAAUGGUUUAUUUCAUUUUUUAAAAAUUAGUUUCACACUUUUAAACAAUGGAAAAGUCUGCAUAAAAAACGUUCCUAUAAUUGUUAACAAACAAGUUGGUAAAAUCCAUGAGGGGUGUGAAUAUUUUUGGGCUUAGCUGAAUAUUUAAAUUUUAAUAUAUAUAUUUUUUUCUGCCAAAUCAACAACCUCCUUAACACUGAUUUAUUUUUAAUAUGAUAACGAGCAUAGAAAAAUGACAACUGCAAUCCCCUAACAUUGGCAAAAUCUUUGAAUCGAUGUCCAUUUCAGAGAAGCCAGUUUAAAAAUUUCUGAAUUACUUUGGACACCAUUAACGGAGCUGAUGCUGUAAUAUUACUCAGCUGAUAAAUUGCAAGAGUUUGAAAAUGUUCCUCACAUCACUCACUGCCGCUCAAGAACCACAAAAUCUUUUUCGAGUGCUCCCAGUCUAUGAAGAACUAAAAAGUAUUUUAAAAGGAAAAAAAUAACACUUAGUGUGGAUAAAAUUGAUUAAUGUCUUUAUGUGGGCUGAAGUCUUUAUGACUGGUUUAUGUUUCACAGCCUGCAGUGUGAGGCCGCUGCUCUGUCUGGUGUGUGAAAGAAUCCAAUGUGAAUAGAGGGCAGCAGGUGUUUGGGUUCAGUUAGCUUACCGUACCUCCGCUUUCAACGUCAGAUAUUUUCAAGGGAAAUUAUAAACGUAACUGUAGAUCUGAAAUUCUUGUUGUGGAAUUAAAAACAGUUGGCUUUGA